AUGUGGCAAACAGCAGUAAUAUUUAAUGAGCGACAUGAGAACAGUAACGUGCAUCGAAAAUAUUUUCUAGAGCUUGUAGCUAAAUUUCGGGAAACUGGUACCCGCAAAUUGGAGACUGUGUGUGGUGUUAGUCGACGUACUGUCCAACGGAUUCUAAAGGCCCAUAGCUUUUAUCCAUCGCCAGAUUUAUCACCUUUGGAUUUCUUUAUGUGGGGUCAUUUGAAAAGCAAAAUCUAUGCUACUCAGACAACAUCAUUAGAAGACCUGCGACAAAAAAUUUUACUGCCUGUUUUCGGCAACGAAGCGCCACAUCAGUCGACAAUUUCCCGUUGGUAUGCAGAAUUCAAACGAAAACGUCGUGCUGUGCGCAAACUCAUCAUUGAAGAUAGACAUGAGACAUAUCGCGAGAUUGAGGCGUCCUUGAAGACCUCAAUUCAAAAAAAUUUACAUGAAGAAUUACGAGUAAGAAAAUUAGUUUCUCGUUGGAUACCCCACCUGUUGACUGAAGAGCAGAAAGCAGCCAGGGUUAAUUGCAUUGUUAGUGGUGAUGAAUCGUGGAUUUACUGUGAAGAAAAGCCAACAAAAGUCAUCCGUUCUCGAAGUGUUUCUAAAAAGAUGGUUGCGACAUUUGUGUCAAAAGCGGGUCAUAUUGCAACAAUUCCUCUUAAUGAGCAAAGAACUAUUACUGCGGAUUGGUAUACCACCAUUUGUUUGCCAAGAGUGAUCACCGAGCUUCGAAAAAUCAUCCUCCACCAAGACAAUGCAAGCUCGCACACAGCCCAAAAAACAAGGCAGUAUUUAACGGAAGAAAACGUGGAAUUAUUGGACCAUCCUCCAUAUAGUCCCGAUCUAAGUCCUAACGAUUUCUUUACUUUCCCGAAAAUUAAAAACAGACUGCGUGGUCAAAGGUUCCAGUCACCAGAAGAAGCAAAUCCAUUUUAG